UCCUCGGAUCUGCGCGAGUAUCGCCGCGGCGUUUAUGCGUGUGUGCGAGCGAAAGGAGAAACGAGAGUGGAUGAGUGUGUCGCACGCUGUCUCUGCCCUCAGUCGAAGAUGGCGGUGUCCGUGUUCCCCGGCGUGCGGCUCCUCUCGAUCGGAGACGCGAACGGAGAGAUACAGAGACAUUCGGAGCAGCAGCCCCUACGGCUGGAGGUGAAGACCACGCAAGACGCGGCCCUGAUCAGCCUCACCAACACAGAGGAGAUAUGUGUGUUCAAGUGCUCCAUAUCCCGGGACACAGAGUGCAGCCGCGUGGGGAAGCAGUCCUUCAUCAUCACCCUGGGCUGCAACAGCGUCCUGCUGCAGUUCUCCUCUCCCACAGAUUUCACCUCUUUCUACAAUAUCCUGAAGAACUGCCGGGGGCACAGCACGGAGCAGUCGGCGUUCAGCGAGAGAACGGAGGAGUCGUCCGCCGUGCAGUAUUUCCAGUUCUAUGGCUACCUCUCCCAGCAGCAGAACAUGAUGCAGGACUACGUUCGGACAGGAACCUAUCAGCGGGCGAUUCUUCAGAACCACACUGACUUCAAGGACAAGGUGGUGUUGGACGUAGGAUGUGGCUCUGGGAUACUCUCGUUCUUUGCUGCUCAGGCCGGAGCUAGGAAAGUUUACGCUGUGGAGGCCAGCACCAUGGCCCAGCAUGCCGAGGUGUUGGUGAACAGUAACGGGCUGACGGACCGGGUGGUGGUCAUCCCGGGGAAGGUGGAGGAGGUGUCUCUACCUGAGCAGGUGGACAUCAUCAUCUCAGAGCCCAUGGGCUACAUGCUGUUCAACGAGCGCAUGCUGGAGAGCUACCUGCACGCCAAGAAGUUCCUGAAGCCCCACGGAAACCUGUUCCCCACCAUAGGAGAUGUCCACUUGGCCCCCUUCACAGACGAGCAGCUGUACAUGGAACAGUUCACCAAGGCCAACUUCUGGUAUCAGCCCUCCUUCCACGGGGUGGAUCUCUCCGCUCUGCGCGGUGCUGCAGUGGACGAGUACUUCCGUCAGCCCAUUGUGGACACCUUUGAUAUCCGGAUCCUAAUGGCCAAGUCUGUGAAACACACAGUCAACUUCCUGGAGGCCAAAGAAGAGGAUUUGUACAGGAUAGAGAUCCCAUUCAAGUUCCACAUGAUCCACUCCGGACUGGUGCAUGGCCUGGCCUUCUGGUUUGAUGUGGCCUUCAUCGGCUCAGUGAUGACUGUGUGGCUGUCCACGGCCCCGACAGAGCCCCUCACCCACUGGUACCAGGUGCGCUGCCUGCUGCAGUCCCCUCUCUUCACCAAGGCAGGGGACACGCUGUCCGGCACCGCCCUGCUCAUCGCCAACAAGAGGCAGAGCUACGACAUCAGUAUCGUGGCCCAAGUUGACCAGACAGGCUCCAAGUCCACCAAUCUUCUGGAUCUGAAGAACCCCUUUUUCAGGUACACGGGCACCUCCCCUGCACCUCCCCCUGGCUCACACUACACCUCCCCCUCAGAGUCCAUGUGGAACACGGGGGGGGCUUACAACAUGAACCAGGGCAUGGCUGUGUCAGGGAUGCCUGCAGCCUAUGACCUCAGCACAGUCAUCGGCAGCAGCUCCUCAGCGUCCCACAACAACCUCAUCCCCCUCGUGAACACAGGGAUCGUGAACCACACUCCCUCCAGAAUUGGCUCCAUCAUGAGUACGGGAAUAGUCCAGGGAGCUACGACCGGCCAAUCAGGACAGAGCAGCAGUAGCACCCACUAUCCCGUAAACAGCCAGUUCACAAUGGGGGGGCCCGCCAUCUCUAUGGCGUCUCCCAUGGCCGUCCCCAGCCACACCAUGCACUAUGGGAGUUAAGACCCUUUGACCCUGCAGGUUGCAGCUCCCAGCUGACCCCAGCCAAAACAAGCAAACCAAAACCAGAACUGCUGUUUCUGCCCAACGCCUUCCUGUGCUCCUGUCUCUCUCUCUCUCUCUCUGCCUCACUGCUUUUCCUCUCUUACCUCACCUGUCCACACACCCACCCACGCCUCUUGCAACUUUGCUGUGUCACUCUCGCGACGGCCACUAGGUGGCGCCGCUUCUCUGUCAGUGAGUUGAAGGGCACAAACUCAGACUUUGGCUUAUGGGCGUGUGCUCUUUUUGACCGGCCUGUUUCAGCUAUGUAGUUUUUAAUGCUUUACACACACACACACACACACACACGUGCACGCACACACAUAUACUAGAUGCACCAAAAUGAACUUGACGCGCUGCACAGCUGGACAGAAGGAAGUGUUGGCUCCUGUUGUUGGAAUAUGACCCCCAUGCCUUUGCUGCUGCUCCUCCAGCCCAUCCUUUGUCCCCAGGCCUGGUCUUGUUGCUCCAGAUGUUUCUCCAAGGCUUUCAGCAGCUUCAGACUCUUCCACCACUGCCUCCGGGGGGUGCAUAUCAAAGCAUAUCAUCGUCCUUUUUUUCCAUAUCUGGAUUUACGACUCGAAAGACUCGAGCAGCAAGGACAUUAGUACAGUGCCGCAGUCUUUUAACAGUUUGCAGUUUUGUUUGUUUUGUCAUGCCAAGUUUAGAGUUAAAAGCUGCCAGUAGUAUCCUGAGUUUUGAAGAUGCAUCUCGCCAGCAUGUUUGUCAUUUUAGUAUGCACAGGUGUGACUGAGCUGGUGCUCGCUGGACAGUAUCUCUGAACUGUGUUUGAACAUCUAUGCCGUCCCCUACCCACCCCCCACCACCACCACCACCACCACCACCACAGGAACUGACUGACUGACAGACGGAACAGUCAGCCAGUGGGCUCUGAUGAUGUCAUAGAGAAGUGGGGCUCUAGCCAAUCAGGAUUUGCGGCAUGCCGUGCUCUCUGCGAGGUGGGCGGAGACCCCAUGCUGCGGCUCGGACAGUGAGAACUCACGGACACUACUGUGGAUUGGGAGCAGGAGAGACCUUUGGAUCGGCAGUAUCGUUGUUUACAUCCCCUACCCGCCUUGCCUGUUUACGUGCGUUUGAGAUUGUGAGACUGGUGUGUUGACCCCGGGCGGGGGGAGAGGGGCAGUAAGAUCACAUCGUCCCCCUCCCCUCACCAGCCUAGAGUCCAGAGAUCUGCCCCUGCUCUUCCCUCCCAAAACGGGCAGUGUUAUUGCGCCCAGUUAUGGACAGACUCUGAAACAGACCUAUGCGUUGCUUCCAGUCACACAUUUGGACUCAAUACUCAUUUUGAUCAAGCAACUUUUAAAAGAAAAAAAAAUGUCUCAGUUAGUUUGUAGAAGUAAAAUUUUGUCUUU